GGGGGGGCGUGACAGGUUAAAUGGCUCGAUGCGCUGGGCAUUGCUUCUGCUCCUGCUUCCGGCUGGGACCCUCGAGGGGUCUGCGUACACUGUUGGUGCAAAAAGAAAAACACCAACUCGCUCGAUCACCCCAUAUCCAAAGACCCAAAAUUAAAAUCACACUCCCGUCACCAUGAGCAUCCCCCGAUGCAGACCACAAUCCCCGAAGCAUAUCCCGACGAGGAUUUCUACGGGACGGGCCUACCCAGCAAGCACAUCGACUAAAACAAACCCAGCUCGCGCGCCAUCUACGUCCACUCCCAUCGCCUUCCGCCCUCCCCGUAGCAUUUCCGAUGACCGGCCCCAAAGUGGUGGCCCUGCAGGAGCCAGCCGUCCCCCAUGGCCACCCUAUACUAUACCACGAGAGAGCCUGCGCAUACAAAUCAGCACGCGCGCACGCGCGCAGCCGUCGCCACCGGGCAGUAGAGAACCCGGCUGCGUGACGAACCCCUCUCGCCGCUGCCGGAGCUGGCCCCGCUUCGCGCAGAAAGGAAAGAGGCUUCGAUGCUUGGGACCAGUGGCCUGAGGCCCGCGGGUAGGUGGUACGUACCCCUCAUCUCCUCUUUCCCGCCUUGCGAGUCUCCUUUUGCGUUACCGCGUCGGCCCACUUCGUGCUUGUGGCGGCCUUCUUGGUCUUCUUGCUCGUGUCUUUCUUCGCUUUCGUGAUGCGUUUGUCGAAGGUCACUUUCUUUGCUGGCUUCGCCGCCGUGUCCCUCUUGCUCGGCUUGGUCGGUUUCGGCUUUGCCUUCGGUCUGGUCGUGUUCUUCAGGACCUUGGGUGGGAAGGAUGGGGCUGUGGGUGUGUAUGGUGUGCACGGCUUGACUAUGCCGUUCUGGGAACGUGUCGCGACCAUUUCCGUAGUGUU